UUGAAAGAAUUUGGUGUUAGUUUGAGAUUCCAUUUGAGAGAGAGAGAGAGAGAUAGAGAGAGAGAUGGUGAGGAAAUGCUCACACUGUGGGAAUGUGGGUCACAAUUCAAGAACUUGCACCAUUCAAAAGCAUAAAGAAACCAAGUUUAAGUUAUUUGGAGUUCAACUCAUUGAUAAUGGAACAACAACUCAUCAUCAUCAUCAUCAUACCACCUUGUUGAAGAAGAGUAUUAGUUUGGAUUCUUUGCCUUCUUCUUCUUCUUCGGCUUCUUCAUCUUUAUCGUCCUCUUCUUCUUCUGAGAAAUUGUCAAAUGGAUAUCUCUCAGACGGCCUCGUCGCCAAAACCCAUGAAAGAAAAAAAGGUGUACCAUGGAGUGAAGAGGAGCAUAAGGUGUUUCUAAUUGGGUUAGAAAAGCUUGGAAAAGGAGAUUGGAGAGGAAUUUCGAGGAAAUUUGUGACGACAAGAACUCCGACUCAAGUAGCUAGUCAUGCACAAAAAUACUUUCUACGACUCACAACUCUCAACAAAAGAAAACAGCGUCGUCCCAGCCUUUUCGACGGUGCUGCAGCAAGGGACAAAUUGACAGUGCAAGUGGUUGAAAAAGGCAGCAGCAGCAGCAGCAGCAUCAACAACAAUUUGAAACCAACCAAUAAUAAUUAUAAUAUCCAACCAGCUUCAUCCAAUAAUAUUUCCUUUGGGAAUCCAACUCCAAUUCCAAAUAUUUCAGAAUUAACAAAUCUCAAUUGGAUUGAGUAUCAUUAUAAUCAACGUCAUCAUGAGCCAUAUUUCAAGUUUCUUCAAUCCCCCAUCAACAAAUCUUCAAGCUCAAUUACGAUCAACAAUUUUCAAACAACAACCAAUCAUCAUCAUCAUCGUCAUCAUCAUCAACCUGAUUUGCAGCUAAGUUUGUCCACUCCAAAGCCAGUACUUGAACAAGUAGCUCAGUGAAUCACCAUGGAUUAUUAUUGUUAUAAAUAUUAGUAUAGUUUGUACUUUUGAAGUGGAAUAACGAUGUUCUUUUUUAAUAUAAUGUUUAUGUUGGUUACUAUUGUAUCAUCAAAACUCCUUUGUGUCCACAAACAAGUUGGGGUUUAUUGAUUAUCAAAAAUAAAAUAAUUUCUAAACAAAUUUGUUUGAAA